AUGAUAAUGGAUAAAUAUCAAGAUAUUGAUAAUAUAGAUGAAUUUUACGAUAAUGUAACAACUACAUGGAUAGAUAAUGAUGCAUUAUUUGAUUAUACAUUAUGGAAUUAUUUUGAUUUUAAAAGUUUAAGGACUAACAACAAUUUGGAAGAUUGGCAUCACAGACUGAAUAAUGAUUUAAAUAAUGUUGUACAUCCACAUUUUUAUAUAUUAAUACGUUCAGUUCAAAAUGAUCAUGCUUAUGAUUCAGCAAUAUUAUUACGUCAUUUAAAAACUGGUGCAUUACCUCCACGAAAAAAAUUAUUUGUUAAUCGAAAUGCAAGAUUAAAUAAUUUAGAAGAACGUUUCAAACAAAAAACAUUAACAUUAGAUGAAUAUCUUAAAAAAGUUAUGCAAUUAAUUGCAAUACAAAAGUAUUGA